AUGACAUGGUUGAUAGAAAUGGACUUGCAACUUGAAUAUGGUGACGCCAAACUGGAUUUCUUCCAGAUAUUAGAGGCUGCAUGUUCCACUGCUUUUUUUGACAAGUUCACUCCUUGUCAGUGUUGCCUUCUCCUAGGCUUGGAUGAAUGUCAUCCAGUUUGGACUACAGGCAAGGCAGCCGUCUUCUAUUGUCCCACCUGUCAAAAGUGUAUUGCUCAUCAUCAGAAGUGCUUGUUCAAUGAGCAGGAGGAUCUAGAACAAGGCGCCAAACAGUAUAAGGUAUCUAGCAGGAAUUUCCUUGUGCUGUGA